AUGUCUGCGCCAAUCACAACCCCCAAGCAGCCAGCUCAAAAAGCUCCUCGUCGAUCUGGGAGGAAGCAUCGACCCUCGGAAGCUGACAGCCUGAGCCUCGAUGGCUCCGCAAUCCCUUCUCUCCCUUCUGCCGCAGGGCCUCAGCGCAACCCCUCCCCCGCUACGGCCAACACAACAAAGAACAACAGCAAUAAAGCCCAGCAACGUAACUCCCCGCAACCUCUCAACAAGCAUCAGUCGGCAGUUAAGCAUGUCAACAACAACAAUCCACACUAUGAGAAAGCAAAGGCCACACCAACACCGAUGAAGCCAGCCGCGUACGCCGGUUCGACCUUUCAACAGUCCCCAGCUGCAUCCGCUCUUCCUCUUCCGAGCUUUUACUCCAAGUCUCUGCCUACUGCAGCCUCCAUCCCGUUGAAGGUGGCUGAUGCGGAGUCCCCCAGCGCCCAGGCAGCCACAAUCACGCCUGCCGGCGAGUCACCCAGCAAAGCUGAAGCCACACCUUGCGAUUUCCUUUUCCAAGCAGCGCGACAGGCGAGAGCGAAUUCUCGAGCUGACAGCCCUGCCACUCGGGCUGGCAAUGUUUCCGUACUCAACGGAAGUCCCGCUUCCAGAUCCCCUGCUCCACGCGAAGGAGACCCCAUGUUCCCAUUUGAGUUGGACGGCGCAACACCCGGUGAAGAUGGUUCAGCCUUUGCUACUCCCUUCAAGGAUCGUAUUGCAGCUGCACGGUCGACAUCAACAGGAGGCAAAAGUAUGAACGACGAUGAGCGCAAAGCGAAGACUGAAGCGUUGAAAAAGCUUCUCAUGAAGUCGAGUGCGCAAGAGAACAAUCACGUGGCCAGCCAUAAUCCCAACACGAACAACCCCUUCAACGCCCGGGCGCCAUAUUCGAGGACUCCUGCCGUUUCGCAGCCGUCCGGCCCCGCCCGGGCCACUUCAAACCCAUCCACACCGCUAUACUCUCAAGACGUUGCAGGCCCCUAUCCUGUACACAAUUUCGGCGCCGUGGGCUACCCAUUUCCCACCCCUCAGACGCAGACGCCCAAGAGACCGAACUCUUCACGCUUGCGACAUGUGUAUGGAGCUCAGAGCGAGCCAGAGUAUGCAGAGCUGUCCUCUGACAGUGCGGUGACACCACCAUCUUCGUCCCAAAGGAAUACAACCCACCAUCAACAGCCGCCGCAGUACAACCCUUAUAUCAGCCAUCCACAAAUGCCCACUCAUCGAGCCAAGCCUAGCGCGCAACAGCUCGAGGAUGACUUGAGAAGAGUGCUGAAGUUGGAUCUGGUUUCGCGCGGAUGA